GCCGUAAGUCGCCGCCGUCCACCCCUCCCUCCCAGCACUGAGUCCCGGAGGACGUUUGCCCGCCCGCGGGCGCCCGUCCAGGCGCGCAGCAACUAGCGGCCGCACAGCUGGGAUCGAGCUCGCCCCAGGAGACAGCCAGACAGCCGUCGGUCGGGGCCAAGGGAGGAGGAAGAGGAGGAGGAGAACCGUCCCGUCCCGUCCCGUCGGGGGAGCCUCUCCGGACCGCCUGGAAGCCGCGCCGAUGGGUUGAAGCGCUGCCAGCCCGGAGCGAAGCAGCAGCGGCCGCUCUCCAGCAGCUGGACGGGCGAUGCCCACCUCGAGCGCCCGGAGGCCCCGGUGGCGGGCCGGGUUUCCCCGAGUGGCCUCGCCCCGCCGCCGCCGCUGAAGGGACCAUGACCGCCUACAGCCUCAACGCGCGCGUCUUCUGGCCGCUGGCGACCUGCGGCUGCACCGCGCUGGUCUGCCUGCUGCAAGCGCUGCGCGGCAGGGCCGGCCCGGCGGGCGGCAGGGAGUGGGGCUGGCCGGUCCCGUCGCCGCUGCCGCUGCUGGUGCUGGUGCUGCUGCUGGCCGGGCUGGGCUUGGGCUCGCGCGCCCGGUGGACGGGGCGGCGGGAGCGCCGGGCCAAGCGCGGGGCCGCCCGCAGCCCCGGCGGCGGCGGCGGCGCACGGGAGCCCCUGCGCCGCGCCCUGCUGGAGGGCUUCUACGAGGCGCAGCUGCGGCUCUCGCCCCACGUGCUGGGCCACAGCAGGGCCCACGUCAGCCUGGUGGUGGGCGAGCUCGUGCGCGCCGGGAAGGCGCCCGGCCGGCUGGCCCUGCGCGGGGACUUCGUGCAGGUGGGCAGCGCCUACGAGCAGCACAAGGUGGGCAGCCCCGACGCCUUCGACGUGCUGGUGCCGCUGCGCCUGCCGCCGCGCCUGGAGCUGCGCGCCCUGCCCUGCUCCGCGGGCCAGCCGCCGGGCCUGCGCGGCGCCUUCCUUUGCGCUUUGCGCGUGGCCGCGGGCGCGCAGGGGCCCCCGAGCCUGGCGCUGUGCCUGGCGGCGGGCGGCGAGGGCGGCGCGCCCCUGCUGUCGGCCGCGCUGGUGGCGCGCUGGUUCCAGGCCCAGGUGCAGCGCUGCCUGGCCGCCGUGCGCGCCCGCCUGCAGGAGCGCUGCCGGGUGCAGCUGGCCACCAACGCCGCCGCCGGCGCCCCCUGCCCGCUGGCGCUGCGGAUCGCGCCCCGCUCGGACUACGUCUGCUGCCACCUCUCCCUGGCCGUCCACCUCACCCCGGCCAUCCCGCUGGGCGAGGGGCUCUAUCUCACCCCCUGGGCCCGCGGCCAGCCUCCCGGCUCCCCGGGCACCUUCUGGACCCUCAAUGUCUCCAAAACGGAGCAGCGCUUGCUGGCCUGGCUGCGGGAUCAGCUCCCCGAGGACUCCUGCCACCUCAAGUGCCUGCAGAUCCUCAAAGGGCUGAGGGAGCUGGGGGGGCGUGCCCUGGAGCCCCCUUGGGCUGCCCAGUGGGACCGGGUCCUCUCCUCCUACGUCCUCAAGACAGCGCUCUUCUGGACGCUGCUGCGUGGCCCGUGGCAGGCUUGGGAGGACCACUUCCUGGUGGCCCGGCUGGAGGACGUGGUCCUGUGCCUGGUGCAGGGCCUGCAGCGAGGGAGGCUGACCCACCUGUUCCUUGGGAACCCCCGCCUGCCAGAAACACUAAGCCUCCCCAAAUUCCUCAAGGAAGCCUCCCCAGUGAACCUGCUGGCUGACUUUGACCAGCCCACCUUGGACAGGGUGGCCUCCCAGCUGCUGAGUGUCUGGAAGCAGGCUCCCAGGAUCAUUCGGAUGCACAGUGGCCUCGGGUACCGCAGGCAGCAUCCCAUCUGAGGCUCCUUCUUUGUCCCUCGCCAGCCCGGACGUCUCAUCAAAGGUGAACGGGGAGCGGCCGUAGACUCUUCGGGGUGAAUUUCCUUUGGGGCCUUCAGGUCCUAAAGGGGCAGGUGCUUAGCUGGGGUGGAAAAUGG